GUUGCCGUAUUACGUUUCCACUGCAUCAGCAGGGGAACCUUGUGCCUGAGCGAAGCAUGUCAAAAUCCAGACAGAAUAAAGCGAAACGGAUACGAUUUCGUGGGAAAAACAAGGCUAAAGAUGGACGGACACAAAAAGAGUCACAAGAAGGAAAGAAGAACGCGGGACAUGCCCAUCUCUUUAAGGAGGGUGGCCAGAGAGAGGCAGAACUACGGAAACAACGGCUUGAAAACCUCCAGGAGAAGCAGAAGGCAUCGCGUGAAAGAGAGCUUUGGAGGAGGCGGAGUUUAGAAACUUUCCAGAAUGAUGUCCUGCAGCGACAGAGGGAAUUUGAGAAGAAGGAAAACGAGAUGCAGAAUUUGGAAAAACACGUCAACUUUGAAAAUGAAAACUCACGAAAGGCAUACUACAGGGAAUUUAAGAAGGUAGUCGAAAGGGCGGACGUUAUUCUGGAGGUUCUGGACGCGCGUGACCCUCUGGGUUGCCGGUGCCCACAGGUGGAGCAGGCGGUGGUUCAGAGCGGCACCAACAAAAAAAUUGUACUGGUGCUAAACAAGAUUGAUCUGGUUUCGAAGGAGAUUGUGGAGAAGUGGAUAAAGUACCUUCGUAACGAGUUCCCCACUGUGGCCUUCAAAGCCUCCACUCAGCAGCAGAACAGGAACCUGAAGCGCAGCAGCGUGCCCGUGGCGCAGGCCACCUCCGAGCUCCUGGGCAGCAGCGCGUGCGUGGGGGCCGAGCUCCUCAUGAAGCUGCUGGGAAAUUACUGCCGCAACCUGGACAUCAAGACCACCAUCACCGUGGGGGUGGUGGGCUUCCCCAACGUGGGGAAGAGCAGUCUGAUCAACAGUCUGAAGCGCGCGCGCGCGUGCAGCGUGGGAGCCACGCCGGGCGUCACCAAGCACCUUCAGGAGGUGCACCUGGACAAGCACAUCAAGCUUCUGGACUGCCCGGGCAUCGUCAUGGCGACAUCCACGUCGGACGCGGGGAUGAUCCUGCGGAACUGCAUGAAGAUCGAACAGCUGGUGGACCCCGUGGAGCCGGUGGCAGCCAUCCUCAGACGCUGCAACAAGAACGAGAUCAUGCAGCACUACGGCGUCCCAGAAUUCCACACUGCGCUGGAGUUCCUGGCUCUGCUGGCGCGGCAGCAGGGCAAGCUGAAGAAGGGGGGCCUGCCCGACCACGACAAGGCCGCCAAGAGCGUCUUACAGGACUGGACCGGGGGCAGGAUCAGUUACUUCACGCACCCCCCCGAGACUCACACACUGCCCACUCACGUCAGUGCGGAGAUCGUGGCUGAGAUGGGCAAGGCCUUCGACUGGGACGAGCUGGAGAAGGGGAACCAAGAAGCCUUGGCUGAGGUGCAGGGUCCCGACGUGCAGAUGGGGUUCUGCAUGGCCAGCUCCGGCAUGACGCAGGGCGGCGCUCCGUGCGAUCUGGAGAUGGAGGGAGGGGCCGCGGAGGCACCGGAGCCCGAGGACGCCGCCGCGGAGUCCAUGGAUCAGGACCAGGACGCCGAGUUUGGGCCGAUGACGGUGGAGAUUCGAGCCUCGCAGGGGAAGACGGGGGGCCCCGCAGAGGGGGCUGAGCCCGCUCGGGCCCCGGACCUGCGGGACAUCCUCCACGUGGACCCCCUCCAGCAGGGACAGGCGCUCCUGGCCGCCGGCAAGAAGAGGAAGAAGCAACAGAAAAGAGCGGACAAAAUUGCAACGAAGCUCUCGGACACACUGACAUCUGCAAUGAACUUUUCUCUGCUGGACAGCUGAUAUAUGUCUGCAUUUCAGGAAAGGAAGCUUUGAAUGGCCCUCCAGGGUGAGAUGUUCCUUGUUAAUGUAUAUUUAAAAAAAAUAAAAGUCUCAAUUUACGAACAA